AAUAUCAGCUGUUGCCUGUUUAUUGUUUUUUUUUUCAGAUUCUCGCAAGCUUGUUUGAAAUUGAUUAUGGAAACAUUUAUAUUUUGAGCUAAUAAUGAAAGCAAGAUAUCUCACAUUUUUUUCUUACAUAGGUACGAAAUUCAGGUCUUCUGAGAAGCUCUGGCUUAAAGAAGGUCGCAACUAUCCUGAUCCUGAAAGCGUGCAAGGCUUAAUGGAAUUGGCUCUACUCAAAAUAAGGCCUGUGAAUUAUCCUAACCUCACUCUUUCAAGCCGCACAGAUGGCGGAGUACAUGCAUUAAACUCAAGUGCCCACGUUGACUUGGAACGAAAGGGAGAAAAUAUAUAUGAAACGCACUAUGUCACAUAUGAAAUGAACAAGUUCUUCUUCAAAAAUGACAUCAGUAUAUUAGUGAGGAAAUGCUUGAGGGUCAACGACAACUUCAGUGCUAGAUUCAAUGCUUUGUCUAGAACCUAUCUCUACAGAUUAGCAGUAUUAAAACCUGACUUAGUUAUAGAAGAGAACACUGCCCUAUCAUCUUUCGUACCAAUAGAGGAAUGGAAGAGAUGCCACUUUCUAAGACACCAAGAGUUUGACAUUGAACGAUUCAAAGAAGGCGCUAAACACUUAGAAGGUUACCACGAUUUCACAACCUUCAAGAAAUUCGAUAAGCUACUGCAGUACAAACACAAUCGUAGAGAAAUCAAAUCCAUAGUAGUAGCACCAGGCCGCCCUAGUACUACUGCCUACAGUACUGGGAUAGAGAACUGUUUCAAUUAUUGGGAUAUUGAGAUCAAAGGAAAGGCUUUUGUACAUAAUCAGAUACGUCGUAUGAUAGGCACACUAAUAUCCGUAGCUAUCGUAAAGCUGGAGCCAGAUGAUGUUAAAGUGAUGCUACAAAUACCCUCGAAGCACUCGUGGCACACGUUCAUACAGAACUGUCCACCCGACGGUUUGUACCUGUGCAAUGUAGAAUACAACCCAGAAGACCUUGUUUAUGAUCCAGAGAAGAACCUAACCAACGUCAGUGAAGGCAUUGAAAGUGAAGUUUGAUUAAU